AUGAGCAAGAACGAUUUAAUCCUCCCUAAAGACUUUCCUCAGCUGAAGAACGACACGUUCCUGAGAGCGGCUCGUGGAGAACAAGUGGAACAUGUUCCUGUCUGGUGCAUGAGACAGGCGGGAAGAUACUUACCAGAGUUUCGUGAGGCCAGAGCGGGGAAGGACUUCUUUGAGACGUGUCGGUCACCAGAGGCCUGCUGUGAGCUCACACUGCAGCCUCUGAGACGUUUUCCUUUUGACGCUGCCAUCAUCUUCUCUGAUAUCCUCGUCGUCCCACAGGCCAUGGGUCUGGAAGUCCAGAUGUUGACAGGCAAAGGUCCGACAUUUACAGACCCCCUGAAGGAGCCCGAGGACCUGCAGCGCCUGCAGGCCAAAGUGGAUGUGGGCAAGGAGCUGGAUUAUGUCUUCAGAGCCAUCACUCUGACCCGACACAAGAUCGAAGGAAAGGUUCCCCUCAUAGGAUUCACAGGAGCGCCGUGGACUCUGAUGUCAUAUAUGAUAGAAGGUGGGGGCUCCAGCACCCACUCUAAAGCGAAGCGUUGGCUCUACCGGCACCCUGAAUCCAGCCACAUGCUGCUGAAGAUGCUGACAGAUGUGAUUGUUGAGUAUCUGCUGGGACAGGUAGCAGCUGGAGCUCAGGCUUUGCAGGUGUUCGAGUCCCACGCUGGCAUUCUGGGGCCAGUCGAGUUCAAAGAGUUUUCUCUGCCUUACCUGCGAGACAUUGCUCGACGUGUCAAAGACAGACUGAAGGAGAAGGACCAGGAUGUUCCCAUGAUCGUGUUUGCUAAAGAUGCUCACUAUGGUUUAGAGGACCUCUCCGAGUCUCAUUACGACGUGGUGGGUCUGGACUGGACCAUCGACCCCCGAUCAGCACGAGAGCGCACAGGAGGGAAGGUCAGUCUGCAGGGGAACAUGGACCCUUGUGCUCUUUAUGCUCCUAAGGAGCACAUUUCAGACAUCGUGAAGAGGAUGUUGGAGGGUUUCGGCACGAGGGGCUACAUCGCUAACCUGGGCCACGGCCUCUACCCCGACAUGGACCCGGAGAGCGUCGGCGCCUUCGUGCAGGCCGUGCACCAACACUCAAAGAACAUGAACAAACAAGCGUGAAGUUGCCCACCUUGUAUCGUAUGUUGGAUUAAAAUAAUGUUUCAUUUAGUUAUAACAAUGAAAUAAACUUUUUUGUGUUUGUUU